AGAAGGGAUCGUGCAAAAUUUGGAUUUGCCGUUAGCAAGUUAUAUUCAGAACAUUUUUGGAGCCAUGACUUGUAUGCUGGCAGAAAUCUCCUCACGAUAUACGUUGAUCGUAGGAUCCGUGGCCGUAACCGAACUGGACACGAGGAUAUUAUGUUCGGUUCUAAACAUGUUCAUCGUAUUGGCGCGUGAUUCUGCGACCAAAGAGUACUUUUUGGAUUCGAGAAUGGCUUGUUUCGCCGCCCCAAUGCUGAGUUUGACGUACGGAAGAAAUGAAAUGCUGAAUCAGAUUGUUGCGAGAACAGUGGGAUUGAUGUACGCAAUUAGUCAGAUGGGAAUUCGCGGCGGUCAUUAUCUGCUGUCCAUGGACUUGGAAAAUAACUUGCAUCGUAUUCAUGCUCAAGCGGAGGGGAGCAGCAGUCGGACGCAGAUGGAAACCGCCAGAAUUUUGAGCAUGAUGCAGAAAGCUGCUGAAUAUUGUCAAAUGGGGGAACUACCCGGAUUUGCCCCGAUUGAGUCGUUGGAAUAUUUAAAUCCUGGACCAUUCUUGCCGUAUCCGUCCUACCCGCUGUUGCAAGUAUUCCAGGAGCCAGCGAAUGUGAAAAGCACCGAAGUGAUCUUCCAUUAUUUGCAUCAUGGACCAUAUUUGAUAGUUCCCCCUCGUGAAGGCUCGUCCCCGGAGGAUUUGAAAAAUCUUGCCGAGCCUGCAAUAUCUUCGGCGCCAUUGACGUACGCAGAGAUUUUGGCGAAAGGAUUGACUGAAGACCCUUUUGUCAGCCGUGAAAUAGAUGAUAUCAUUCCUCAAUCGCGUCAAACUUCGCCCCCUGUGCAUUUCGAUGUUUAUAAGAAGUCGCCCACGUCAGUGCCUGUGAUCGAAGAAAUGAUGAACCCCGAGUUCACGAUGCGCCAGCCAGCAUCGAUAGUACGGGAAUCCUAUGUUGAACCUACGACGGGAACGAGUACGAAUGAGGAACUCGUGCCAAAAAAUCAAAUGGAGAACUGCAAGCAGCAGGCGGCGUCAACCAAAUUUUCGUUGGUCUCGUUUGCUUUCCUUAGCUUUUUGGUCAAAAUGAUGGCGAAAUGGCUGAAAAUCAUGUCGAAGGGCCCUGUGAUGGAGGCCGCCUGGAAAUCCGUCGUGGUAGUAACGUCACAGGUUUUGGUCGUCGAUAUUGCGCCCCGGGAUUCUUUAACCGUGGACACGAAUCAAGUGUAUAUCGCAAGUCGAAUCCGAAUGAUGCACUAUUUUGUCGUG